UUAUUAGCUCAUUCGCUUUCCCAUGCCUUGGCUUCCCUUCUUCCCCAAUCCCCUACCUCUCACUUCAUCUUCUCCUGGCUGCUGCCAUACAUACAUAAUAGCAAGCCAGGAGAGUUGGUUGGUGUCACCAAGGUCAUCAAGGAUCAAGCUCUCGCCUGUUCAGCAGCUGCAUGCCUCCUCAGGCUAGCAGAUCUUCCUCGCACCAACAGAUGCUUCGCGAGAUCUUUUUCAUCACCAGACCAGCAGAGGAUAGCGAGGGCAUCUGAUCUGCACUUCCCGAUUUGAUCUAACUGCGGCAGCUGCCUCUGAUGCUGCGGGAGCUGGAGAAAAUCCGUCCGGGACCCGAAAAUGCCACCGGAGCAAGCCAAGAAGAACCGUCGAAGUCAUGGGUGCAGCUCGAGGCCCGCAACGAGCUAGAUCAGGCCCGAUCGGGACCGGAGGAUGGCACUGGUGGGCCAAGCGAGGGCCUUUCUCUGUCGGUGCUGGAGCAGCCGGAGCAGCAGAUCCGGUCGAUUCCGGAGGAUGGCGCCGGGGGGGACGCGGCGGUGCCGGAGCAUCAGUCGCGACCGGAGGAUGAUGACGCGGCGGUGCCGUUUGUGCGGAUGGAGACCCAGGAGGUUGCUGCCGGGCCGAGUGGGGGCCCGUUGGCGUCGCUGCAGAUUGAGGCGGCCCGGCAUAUUCACUCGGGACCAUAUCAGGAUGGCGCCAGGCCCAGCAACCCGUUCCCGUCCUUGCAGCCUCAGGAUCGGGAGAUAUUGCAGCAGCUGGAGCAAAUCCGCCUCAACGGCGAUGUCGAUGAGCAAUCAUCCCCUGAAUGGACGCGGCAGCCUGCAGACAUCUUCCAGGAAAGGCACAUCGCUAUGGAUCAUUCAAGCAGUGGGUCGCCAAGGAAAAUACCAUUCCAUUUAUUACAAGAAAUUACGGAUUGCUUCUCCGAUGAACGCAAGCUUGGUAGUGGUGGGUUUGGAAAAGUCUAUAUGGGAGUGCAUAACGAUGGGGAGAAGAUUGCUGUCAAGAUGCUUCAUUACAUGCUAGGAUUUGAGGAGGAGCAAUUUCUAAAAGAGUUUAACAACCUUGCAAGGCUCCAGCACCCAAAUAUUGUGCGACUUGUUGGUUAUUGCUAUGACGUUCAGAAAAAUAUAGUGGAGUACGAAGGAAGACUAGUUUUUGCUGAAAGAAUUUAUAGGGCGCUCUGCUUCGAGUAUAUGCAUCAUGGAAGCCUUGACAAAUAUGUUUCAGAUGAAUAUCCUGGACUUGAUUGGAACACACGCUACACACUAAUCAAAGGGAUUUGCAAGGGUUUGGAGUACCUUCAUGAGGAAUUGAAACCUCCUAUGUAUCAUUUGGACUUAAAACCAGCUAACAUAUUGCUGGGUAAGAACAUGCUGCCUAAAAUUGCAGAUUUCGGCUUAUCAAGGUUCUUUGGGGAAGAACAAACACACAUCACAAAAAGUUCUAUAGGAACACGUGGAUACUUACCUCCAGAAUACAUAGAGAGAAACAUAGUCUCAAGAAAGUUUGAUAUAUUUAGCUUGGGUGUUAUUAUCAUAAAGAUAAUGACAGGACCUACAGGCUACAGAGAAAGUGCUGAAAUGUCUCCCCAAGAAUUUAUUGAUUUUGCACACAAGAACUGGAGGACUAGACUGCAGGCAACACCAAUGCACUUGUUCGAGUCAUAUUCAAAACAAGUGAAGAGAUGCAUGGAAAUAGCUUUAAGUUGUGUGGAGGUCAACCGGCACAAAAGGCCAAGUAUAAGGGAAAUUGUCAAACAACUGAAUGAGACAGAGAUUAUGAUUCACAAACAACUGAAUGAGAAAGAGAUUAUGAUUUACAGAACCCGACUUCGUGACCUGUCAAGUUAUGACCAAGGGUCAUCGAUGGAUCAGGAAAGUGAAACCAUUGGACUGUGCAGAGAAGCUUCUUGCAAUUCCAGAGGGGUGAUAAGGCAGGGAAUGAGUACAACCAAGGUGGGAUGUGUUGGGAAUUAUGAGCUGGGCCGGACCAUAGGUAAAGGCACAUUUGCCAAGUUCAAGUUUGCACGGAACAUCCAUACUGGCGAAUUUGUAGCCAUCAAGAUCCUAGAUAAAGAGAAGGUCCUUAAGCACAAGAUGGUUGAGCAGAUUAAGCGGGGAAUUUUGGCAAUGAAGUUGAUUGAGCAUCCUAAUGUUGUUCGCAUAUACGAGGUGAUGGGAAGUAAAACAAAGAUCUACAUUGUGUUAGAAUGUGUUCCCUAUGGUGAUCUCUUAGACACCAUUGUUAAUAGCGGUCGAAUGAGGGAAUGUGAGGCAAGGAGGUACUUCCAACAAUUGAUCAAUGCGGUUGAUUAUUGUCAUAGCAGAGAUGUGUAUCACCUGAAUUUAAAACCUGAAAAAUUACUGCUUGAUUCACGUGGAAACCUGAAGGUAUCUGAGUUUGGGCUGGGCGCACUAUCUCAGCAAAUCAAGACUGAUGGAGUGCUGCACACAACUUAUGGGACUCCAAACUAUGUUGCACCAGAGGUCCUUGAAGAUGGAGGCUAUGACAGUGGAACGGCUGAUGUGUGGUCAUGCGGAGUUAUCCUGUUUGUUCUGCUAGCAGGGUAUUUACCUUUUGAGGACUCUAAUCUUACGAGGUUGUAUAAGAAGAUAUCGAAUGCAGAAUUCACAUUUCCACUGUGGACAUCUUUUCCUGCCAAGAUGUUGUUAAAAAGAAUCCUCGAUCCAAAUCCCAUAACGAGAAUAACAAUCCCAGAAAUACUAGAGGAUGAGUGGUUCAAAGAGGGCUACAGGCGCCAGGAGUUUGACAAAAAAUUUGACAUCACCUUAUUGGAUGAUGUGGAUGCUGUCUUCCAAGAUUCAGAAGAGCACCUCGUGACAGAAAAGAAAGAUGAACCAGUAUCUCUGAAUGCAUUCGAUCUGAUUUCAUCAUCAAAAGGCUUUAACCUUGAAAACUUACUUGACUCAGAGCAGGGGUUCAAAAGAGAAGAAAGGUUUACAUCAACUUGUCCACCCAGAGAAAUUAUCCACAGGAUUGAGGAAGCUGCAACAACCCUAGGAUUUAGCGUUCAGAAGAAAAAUUACAAGUUGAGGCUCGAAAAGAUAGAGGCAGGGAGGAAGGGAAACCUUCAUGUUGCUGCUGAGAUACUGCAAAUUGCACCCUCUUUUCACGUGAUAGAAGUCAGAAAAGGAGAAGGUGACACUCUGGAAUUUCAUAAGUUCUACAAGGACCUUUCCAAGACCUUAAAGGACAUUGUCUGGAAAUUCGAUGAUCUCUAAAUGCAACCAGCUUCCUAAUAGAACCAGCGGAGAGGAAAGAUGGAAAACUAUUUGCAUAUCAUUCUUCCAAGCACAUUCGGAUUUGAUAGCCUGUAUUGUUCACCAUUGCUGUAAAUUAUUGUAAAUGCCGCUUGUUGUAGUUGAAGGGCAAUUCAUCGAGGCUUAAUCCAUGUUAGGAAAAUUCUUAGUCGCAACUAGAAAACUUUUGUUCGCCCUGCAUGUCAUUGAAACAGUUUUUUUUCUCUUGACGCCACUGCCGUUUGUUAGCAUAACAAGAGUCUCUGUUAGUAUACCAAGGGUUGGAAUCUCUUUAUUUUUCAGUUUUCCUACCUCUUCAUAUCCCAAUGUAAUCUCUAUAUAUACUCUCUUGAGAUUAAUGGAAAGUGAGUAGAGUUAUUCCUCCAA